UUUCUCCCCUGUGCCGGAUGGUUGCUGGGCAGCACCGGUGGGCGUCACAAAAAUCUUCAUCCCCCGGGUCCACUCCUAGGGGACCACCCACUUGCCUCCUCCCCAGACCCCCCUACUCCCGAUCUUCCGAUCUUCCUCCUUCCCAGCCUCCGAGAAGUCAAGCCACCCUCUCCUGUUCACUGUUAACCUUAAAAAAACAAAACUGCCGGCUGUUUUCCUGGCCAAGGAGGGGUUUAUUCCAGAAGAGUAUUAGAACCGCCAUCCAGGACAAGCAAGCUGUGGCAAAACCCUCGGCAAGUCCGAAGGACAGAGAGAGGAGUCGCCGUUAGGAAAGGGGAGUCGGAAAGGCUGCGCGAUAAACAACAAGUCCAUCGGAGUUAACUGGGGGCUCCAGGCGUAGUGGCUUUUCACGGGCUGAGUUGUGACUUUCUCAUUGGCUGGGCUGUUGCGGAGGGAGGAGGAAAGCUUCCUUCCCGCUGCAGGGAGAGCAACUUAGUAGCUACAAUCUUUGCCACUUGCAAGGUGUGUCUGCUCCUGUAGGGUCUGCAAUUGACGAGGAGUGGGUGUGAGAGCCCCCCCUGCUUAAAGGAGAUUUCCUUUCUCAAUUUGCACACCAUAAAUGCAGGCGUGUUCUUGCUGGGGGCCGCUGCUCUUUGCACAUGAAAUGGGUGGCCAGGCACCCUCCCCAGAGUCCUGCUCACUGGGAGCCUUUCUCACCCCUGUCUCUCCAGGACACCUUUGGGCAGGGGUCAACAGCUACCCAGCGUUUACGUGUCCCCAAACACGAAGCCACCCAUUCUGGAACCAGGUUGGGGUGCUUUGCUCCUUUGCCAGAGAGAUCACAAGGGACCUACCCACGCAGACAUAGUGGGAGCCAAGGGACCGGGUGCGACAGCCGUGGAUGGCAUAGGGGCCUGGGUGAUGUGUUCACGGAGCUUACUGGAACCUUCUGGUUUUAUUCACACUUGUUCCUCCUCAGGGAGCCACUUGUGAAGGACUGUCGUUGUGCUCACUUGACUUUAUGACCUGGUGGGUCACCCAGAGCCAUCUUGACUGCUUGACCAAGGGAAUCAUCGUAUACAGUUGUCAUCGCAUUUCAGGACCCUUCUUUCUGGGCACCCAGCUUCUCCUUCAGUCAGUAGAGCCUGGGUGUGAGGACUGGCUCAGGUCCAGAAACUGGGCGAAAGGUCUUGGCUUUUGAUGCAGUGGCUGUCCUUGGGGAGGGCCAUAUCCUCGGGUGAGGCAGUUCCAUUUGGCUGAGUUAAGUUCCUGGGGAGGAGGAAAUUCAGCUGUGCCAUCAGCAGCCUACCCCCAACCCUACCCGCAGCCACUGAAAGAAACGGGUGCCUUGAUCCUGAAGGGGAGAGCUGAUGGCACAACGCAGCAUCCAUUAUACGUGCAUUGGACCCUUCCCACGUGUAGAAUACUUGCUUGGUGCCUCGCCGUCUCAACACCCAGUUUCGAUCUCCAAUCCAAGAUGGCAGCUCGGUCAGUGGGAGGGAAAGACCCAGCAGAGCUGAGCAGUGGGGAGACAGAGGAACUACAGCAGAUCAAAUGGCACCGGAGGCAGCUUCUGGAAGACAUCCAGAAGCUGAAGGAUGAGAUCGCAGAUGUGUUUGCCCAGAUCGAUUGCUUCGAGAUCGCGGAGGAGAGCCGGAUGGCCCAGAAAGAGAAGGAGCUAUGCAUUGGGCGUAAGAAGUUCAACAUGGACCCCGUGAAGGGCGUCCAGUAUCUCAUUGAGCACAAACUGCUGACCCCCGACGUCCAGGACAUCGCGCAGUUCCUGUACAAGGGCGAGGGCCUCAACAAGACGGCCAUCGGCACGUACUUGGGGGAGAGGGAUUCCUUCAACCUGCAGGUCCUCCAGGCCUUCGUGGACUGCCAUGAGUUUGCCAACCUCAACCUCGUGCAGGCCCUCAGACAGUUCCUGUGGAGCUUCCGGCUGCCCGGCGAGGCCCAGAAGAUCGACCGGAUGAUGGAGACUUUUGCCACCCGCUACUGCCUCUGCAACCCAGGCGUCUUCCAGUCCACAGAUACCUGCUACGUCCUGUCCUUCUCCAUCAUCAUGCUCAACACCAGCCUCCACAACCCCAAUGUCCGGGACAGGCCACCCUUCGAGCGCUUUGUGUCCAUGAACCGUGGCAUCAAUGGCGGCGGUGACCUGCCUGAGGAGCAGCUGCGGAACCUCUUCGACAGCAUCAAGAGCGAGCCCUUCUCCAUCCCCGAGGAUGACGGCAAUGACCUCACUCACACCUUCUUCAACCCCGACCGCGAGGGCUGGCUGCUCAAGCUGGGGGGCCGCGUGAAGACGUGGAAACGGCGCUGGUUCAUCCUGACGGACAACUGUCUCUACUAUUUCGAGUUCACCACUGACAAGGAGCCACGAGGAAUCAUCCCCCUUGAGAACCUCUCAGUGCAGGAGGUGGACGAUCCCAAGAAGCCAUUCUGCCUGGAGCUUUACAACCCCAGCUGCCGCGGCCAGAAGAUCAAGGCCUGCAAGACCGAUGGCGAGGGCAAGGUGGUGGAGGGCAAGCACGAGUCUUAUCGAAUCUCCGCCUCCAGCGCCGAGGAGCGCGACCAAUGGAUCAAGGCCAUACGAGCCAGCAUCACCCGCGUCCCCUUCUACGACCUGGUGUCUGCUCGGAAGAAGAAGAUUGCCAACAGGCACUGAGCUUCCUGGGAGGCGGUGCCGGGGGACCCCACGACCUGUGGUACCUAGAGACGUACCUCCCCCCCCAGGACACGCUUUCCUGGCCCACGGACAUCCCCCCGGCCCCCAUUACUUUGGGCGAACAGGAGUGGGGGCGGCCGGGCUCGGGAGGGUGGCUGGAAAAGUCCGAGGGCUCAGAGGGGGCACUGAGGCACCCCAGCCCCGGCCACGAAAGGCCCCCGCCCUCCGCCCCAGGUCACUGCAGCAGGGAACGAGGAAAACAGCCAAAGAGAAAAACCAGCCCCAGCACCCGCCACCCUGUCCUCCCCGUGGGCCUCAGUUUCCGCUUCUGUUAAACAUCUCCUGUCCUUGAAAUGCCGUCGGCCCUCGAAGGAGGAGGAGCGCUAUGAUUCCUGAGUGCCCCCUGCCCUUGGCCAUGGCAGCGCCUCUUCCUCUUCAGGGGCUUCUCAGCCAGCCCCUCCCCUGUCUCCAGCUGUGGCUUGGCCGUCCCUGCCGGAGGGACACACACACACACCGCUCAGAUCCACAGACAGGAGAUGCCAGGAGCAUAGAAACACGUUGCCCCCUUCUGUCUCUGUGCUGCCCCCCCCCCCCCCAGCAAUGACAACAGCCCCGGGGGGCCGACCGUAGCCGUGCACAAGCUCCCACCUUCCUCCUCACGGACUCCUCGGCAGAAGGGCCAGAUUUUACUGGAUCCGCCUAAGGAGCUUCUGGCCCGAGAUGUCUGCGCCUGCGUGCGGACUGAGCGGGAGGGGCUCGGACUGAAGGCUACCGGGAAGCCGAGAGCUGCGUGCGCUCCGAUCUGGAGGAUGUCCGUUUUGGAGGCGGGGCAGGUGGGACUCCCCAAGAAAGUGGCAGAGAGCAUCCCAGGCGGGUGUAUCCAAGCAGGGCCGGUGGCACAGUCACAAGAAGCCAAGAAGAGAGAGCUUUGUGAACCGUGGUGACCAGGAGGGCUGCCUGGAGGAGGAGUCCUCAAACCGGCUCCUUCUCAGAAGCUCUUCUCACCCCCUCGCACGGGCCCCGGGGGAGCCCCCGGAGGGAAGGUCCCUGGCAGGAAAGCAGGAGAUAAGAGGGACUCUCACUGCCCUACCACGGGCGAGCCCAAGCAAGGUGGAGUCCGCAGGGGAGGGGAGGCAACCUCUCCUGCCCGCCCCCCACACUGACUCGUGCCCACCUUUCAUGGAGUCGGGAUAGACGAGCUGCCUUGUGAGUGGUGAGAUGCUCGUCUCUGGAGGUGUGUAAGUGCCUGCUAACGACAUGCUCCUGAAGUGGGUGUGGAUCGGGCCCCUGCCGGGGCGCGGGGGCGGAUCUUGGAGGACAUUCGAGGACUGCCGCAGACCCCGGGUCAGUCCGGGAGCUGAAUGCCACCUCGGCCGCCCCAUGCGGGGGGCCAGGGGUCCUGGAAAGAGCACUGGGCCCAGGGUCCUGGGCUCCAAGGUCCUCUCCCGCCACCGGCAUUCGCUGGCUGUGUGACCCUGGCCCCCUAGUUCCCUCUCUGGUCCUCAGCCCCCCUCUCUCAUCGUUGAUUUUCCGGGCGUGAGUGGCUGUUCUGGGAAUCACGCAGAAGACAGAAUAAAGCUCACGACGCACUCCGUGA